AUGCGAGUGCUGCGCCAGCAGGAGAAGCGGAAGCAGCUUCGCGAGCAGAAGAAGAAGAGGCGGAUGACAGCAGACGAAGACGAGGGAGAAGACGAGGACGAGAGUAACAGCAACGACAACAACACGCGGACGGCGCGGCGCAAAGGAGGGAAGACGGCGGCAGCGACAGGGAAGACGAAGGUAAAGAAGGUGCCCCGCAACACCAAGCGGAAGAAGUACUACACCCUAACGAAGGAGGACCUCUACGGCGACGAAUAA